AUGGGCCUGUCUCACCAUGGAGCCUCUCUUAGCCAGGAAUAUCCAGCGCCUUCGCUACCAACUUCAAGGCACAUUCGCCUAGUGUCGUUGCUUCCUGGUAGCAAUGACACGAUUAUUUGUGAGCUCAUCACGGCGGACCUGGAUUCAGCUCCCCACUAUGAAGCUCUAUCGUAUACCUGGGGUAACCCUCUGGACUGCCGAACUAUAUAUAUCAAGACGGCAGAAUUUGGAGACGCAACGGAAUUCCAGGUCACAUCAAACUGUUUCUCCGCUCUACGACGCCUGCGACUGGCUGAUCGACCACGCAUUCUUUGGAUCGAUGCAGUGAGCAUUGACCAGCAUAAUUUCCCCGAAAGAAACCAUCAGGUUACUCUCAUGUCCCAGAUUUACUCUGGAGCAGCGGAAGUCAUCAUCUACCUCGGCGAAUCUGAGGACAAUUGUAAUUUGGCAAUCGAAUUCAUCAUUGAAGUGUAUAAUCCGAAUCUAGAGACAACGACAUCGCUCAGUUAUCCCAAGUCCGAACCAUUACUUUUGGCCCUGCGAAGUUUCUUCAACCGGCCGUGGUUCAGCAGAGUGUGGGUGAUUCAAGAAGCCACACUCUCACAUAGAGCUACAGUCUACUGCGGCGACAAGGUGUUUCCUUGGUCUGCAGUAAAAAGCUUCCAUCAAUGGAACGCGAGCCAGAAAUGGUUGGGGAGGCUCCCAUUCGUCGUAACCUCUUCAAGAGCAUCUCUGACCAAAUCGAGGCCUGGAAAGACGAUGCUAAAGGCUCUCAUUGAAACAAGAUACUGCGCGGCAACGGAUCCGCGCGAUAAGGUGUACGGUUUGCUGCCGCUUCUGCACGCUUUUGACCAAGAGCUCAAUCUCACGCCGCAAUAUGAAGACUCGGUAGCUAAAGUCUACACCGAUUGUGCAGCAGCUCUGAUGACGCAGGAGCGGUUUGAGUUGGUGUUGUGUGCCGUACAAGGCGGAUCGGAUUGCAACGAUCUGCCGUCUUGGGUGCCAGAUUGGAGAAACGAGCCCAAACGAACGAUUCUUGGAAAGAAUUACGAUAUUCCAUCGGACAGCGCUUGGGCUUCUAACGAUGUCUCGGGAUACUCCAUGCGGUUAACUUUAUCACCACCAGAGCCAGUGCUACACAUGGCAGGCUAUUCAUGCGGCAAGGUAAUGAAAGUGGGAUCUACAUACCUUGCCGGUCAAGGCACAAUUCCCUUGGAUGAAUGGAAGGCCUUGUUAGAUAAGGGACCUACACAAUCAUUAGAUGCUGACCCGGAUGAGGCUUCUUACACCGUUAAGGGUUUCUACGCCGUCAUAUGUGCUGCCGAUUUUGCUUACCCUUUGGCCAUUCAUCAAUUUGUGGAAGGGGAAAAAGAGUCUGCAAAAGGCAAGCAGGGAUCAAGCUGGGAAGCUCUCGUUCGCCGCGCAUUGCGUAAAAGAGCGGAUGGGAGCCCAUCGGGCAACAACGGCGCUUUGCCUUUGCGAGAUAUCCCAUUCCGUCGAGCGGGGGUUCAUCUGCCGCCGAGCUAUCGGAUCUAUGUCCAGAGAGUCUUGCAACAUUGUCACUCGCGCCGCUUUUUCGUUACCGACACUGGGUUUAUGGGACUGGGUCCGGAGGAGACUCGUGUUGGAGACGACGUCUAUGCAAGUGCGGGAGCCAAGAUACCGUUCAUACUCCGAGAGGUUGACAGCGGUUCUAAGCUGCAAGAGACGAGUCGGUUUCGACUUGUUGGGGAGUGUUAUUCAGAGAGCAGAACGUGGAGAGAACUUGGAGGCGAGCCACGGUAUCUCGACAUUGUGUAG